AUGUGUCGACGAAGACUUCGAACGUGGUUGUUGCUGAUAGUUUGCUUCUCGAAAGGCGUUACGUUAUCAGAAACGGCCGACGGGGAACCCUUUCUGAUAAGGCCUCUCUACGUUUACGAGAGUCUGAUCAGGGGAGUGCACGACUACUUCAACAGCACCUGCAUCAUACUAUUCCACGACUCGGCGAAUCCGAUUGAAACGAAAGGUUUGCAGGAAAUGGACGGACUGUUGGCCCUGCAGAAGUAUUUCAGCGGAACUCUUAGCAUACGAACCGCAAUCAUGGAUUUUCGAAUGUUCAAGAGCCGAGUCGGGAAAAGCUACCAUUCGAUCAAGAGGCCAUUGUUCGUUCUGUUAAACGAUCUUGAUGACAUCAAGGAUCAAUUCAGUAUGGUCUCCGAGUGGAUCGCGAUGGCAUAUCCCACGUGGUUGCUGUUUUUGCGAAACACCACCAGAUUCGAGGACUUUCUGUCGAAGGUUCACGUACCGUUCGAUUGCGUUCUGAUGGUCGCUCAGCCGGAGAACAACGAGAGCAAUGGCGAAGUGAUCAGGGACGUCUAUCGAAUAGGCAGAGAGGAGGAUCUUAGGUGGAUGAAAUUCGGCGAGUGGGAUGAGAACCAAGGGUUCAGGGGGCCACGACUGGGACUCUACCAACGCAGGCACGAUCUUUACGGGCGCAACAUCAGAGUUGUUUCUAUUCAAGAUCCUCCGGUCUCGCGGAUUCUUCGGGACAAGACGAAUCGUACGGCGGUCGGUAUCGCUGGCUUCUUCGGCGAAGUUAUUCAGCUGCUACGAGAAGGAAUGAACUGCACGUUUAGCUACAGCGAGGUCAGAUCAUGGGGCGUGCGUCUAUCGAAUGGCACGUGGACGGGUUCCAUGAGGAUGCUGGUGGAAAACGAGGCGGAUCUCGCGGCCACCGAGUUGAUGAUGACGUCCGAUAGAUUGGACGCUGUAAGAUUCACUACACCCGUCUACUCGACCAAAUGCCGCGUGUACAUCAAGAGGCCGGACACGACGGCAGUCAAGUGGAACGCCUAUUUGGCACCAUUCGCCCCCAGCACAUGGAACGCGAUUGCGUUAACGAUCGUCAUCGCGAGCCUCGCGAUAGCGUCGAUCGACGCGUGCUUCAACGUAACCGGAUGGUUAGCGUCUUCGAGAGACUCACAGACACCGUCAUUCACAUUUUCUGAGGUGGUGUUCGGCAUUUUCGGGGCGUUCUGCAGCCAAGGCAUGGAAUUGUCGUCGUUGGAUCCGAUACGACUGGUGCACCUGAGCGUUCAUAUGACAGCCGUGGUGGUGUUGGCGGCAUACUCGGCCGCCCUGAUCAGCUACCUCGCCGUUAAAACGUUCGCGAUGCCGUUCACCACGAUGGAGGGUAUGCUGGCGGACGGUAGCUAUCGGUUCGCCGUGGUUAAAGAUUCGGCCGACUAUAGCUUCUUUCAGAAUACCAGUGACCGUGUGCUCACCGUUAUGUUCGACGAGUUGUUGACUGGCGAGACCGAGCUUCCGUUCAAUUAUCUUGACGGAUUGCGAAGCGUUUGUCGAAAGAGCAAGUACGCGUUCAUGACGCUGGACAAUAUGGCGUCGGUGCUGCAAGGUAGGGUCGACUGCGCGUUGGAGCCCCUCGAUCCGAUGGUCCAGGCAACCAUAGCAAUGGCGGUACCGGCCCAGAGUCCUUACCGAGGCAUCAUCGACACCAAUAUCCUGUUGCUGCGUGACAGCGGGAUCCUCCAGAGGUUGCUCAAGACGGAGUGGGCGACAAACUCAAAGAAGUCGAAAUCCGGCUGGUCAUCAGUCGAGCUCGAGGACGCGGCGCCGUUGCUGGUGUUCCUGCUUUUCACGUUCUUCCUAGCCUGUCUGGGACUCUUCGUCGAGAGGCUAAUCCAUCGAAAGCGCGGCAACGAAGCCCCCCCGACGAUCUCGGAAGAUAUCCGUCGCGCCUCUGUCGGAGCGACGGCGAACCGCAAGCGAUCCGUCGCCUUUCGACGAUCUUUCGGCCCGAACUUUAACGGUCGACGUUCCGUCGUUCGAACCGUUCGAACGUAA